AUGAAAUACUUCGAGCAAAUUGUACAAUACACGCGGAGGGAAAUAAAAGGAAAAAAUUUAAAGCAUUUUUGUGAAGAAAAAAAAAAGCUCAACGAGAAUGUGGAAAGUCGAGAGAUCUGCUUCUGCUGCUACUGCAGUCCCCACCCCGUCUUUCCUCUCUACUCUCGCUUAAAGUAUCAGAGGCAGAAGGUCCUUUGUCGCAGGCGGGUGACGGACGGGGAGGAGGCAGUCAUUCUUACCCUGACGUGCCUAAAGAAAAGCAAAAAAAAGUACCAUGCCUUUUUCGUGCAAAGGAAGUCGAGCAACUUCAUGCUUAACGUUACGUUGCAGCAGUUCGAUCUGAACGAUGAAUUUUUCUUAGCUAGAAAUGACAAGUCGGCGUUGGAGAGAAAGACCUACCUGCUGGACCCCUCGAACAGUGAAAUUGAUGACGGUGCGGAGGAGGGAGGCGAAAGGGAGAGAAAGAGACGCAGCGUGGUGGUAAAGUGAAUGCUGAAUCGAGACCCCGUGAUGUUAGCACUCGUCACCACGUGGCUUUUUCUCCGUCCUCUUAUUCUGAACGUUAUUGUGCCAUUUGCAGACGAGGUGCUGGAGAACGGCCUCAUCGUGAGCGCGGACCACGUGGACGAGAAGGGCACCGAGUGCAACAAAAUCACAGAGUACCCAAGGGUGUGGGAGGAGAAAAAAGGCUUCUGUCAGUAUGCAAAGAAGAACCACUGUCUCAAGGGGCAGCUCGCCCAGUUUAUUAACUUGGAGGGGAGGCUAGACGUGAAGGAGAAGCUGCGGCAUAACUACUCCUUUUUCUUGGCGAGGAAGUCGUCAGGGAAGGGCGCAGGGGGGGGGCGUGCGGUUGGCGGUUGGAGUGGCAGUUGGAGUGGCGGUGAGGGGGACGGGCACGGCUACGAUCCCCCAAGUGAGGUGAACCAGGGAAGUAAUCCCAACCGGGGAAGUAAUCCCAACCGGGGAAGUAAUCCCAACCGGGGCAGCAAUUCCAACCGGGGAAGCAAUCCCAACGGGGCUACCCCCCCGCGGGACCUCGAGGAGGACUACUACAUGGGCCUGCAAAAACGCCCAAACAACUUUUUAGAGAUCACAUCGCACGGCGGGGAGGGCCUAAAGAUAACGCACGAGGAACACGUCCUCGGAGAGUCAGUCUCCCUUGUACACAUGCUCAGCAACUGCUACGACUUUAACAACGAAGUAGAUCCGUCCUGCUCGGUGUACAUAAGCAUAUGGAAUGCAGAAGACGUGGAGAAGGAAGUAAAGGUUUCGAUUAACUGCUCGAAGAGGAUCGUAUCUGAUGAGACUACACUCAGGAAGACACUUGUAUUGGCAGAGAAGGGGGAGAGCAGUGUUGUGAUUAAAUUUAAACCAAUCGUAGACUUGCUAGUCACCCCCUGCAGAGUGGUGGUGCAGCGCCAAGAGCGCCCAGCCGAGCCGCAGCAGGUGCAGGAGCAGAUGAAGAAGCCGCAGCAGCAGCCGCCGCAGCAGAAGGGGAAGAUCCGGGGGGAGUCCCCGCCGAGCCCCAGCGGGGGGGGGCAUCCAUAA